CUGCCACAGUCUGAUGCUUUCCAUCACACAGUCAGGGAAUAAUUCCAAGCAGGUACCCAACCUUUCUCCUUAAACGUUCCUGUGCUGAAGUACUUGUGGGAAAUCUUGUGGGAAAUCCAUGGCAAUGCCAAGGAAAGGCAAACGACUGAGUCACCUCCAACCGUCUCCUUCAAAAUUCAAGCUACUCGAAAGGGAAGGCGGGUUCAUUUUAGACUGUGUAGCUGUGGACAGGAUAGCCCAAGAUUACAGUCGUUCUUCACCCAAGCUGGGCUUUGUCAUUCCUCCUUACGAUGCUCGGCAGGACCCGCACCUGGCAGCCUAUUUUGCAACAAAGCCUGUGUGUGCUUUAUUCCGAAAAAAGGGACAGGUCACUCUGCAGCACAGGUGAGGGGCCAUCAGCUCUUUCUCAACUCGAAUAAACCUGUGCUGGGCUACAAUGGAGCCUGUGGCUACCGAAGGAACACACCGUCUCUGCGCAAGCAGCCCUCCGUGUUUGGGAGAGCCACCAACCUGUCCCUGUUUUAGCUCUUUCCCACCAGCCCCUCUCCGCCUUCCCUCUCCA